AUGCUAUCCUCGAGUUUGCCAAAUCGCCCACCCGUCUCCCUUUCCGUCGCGCGUCAAGUCGCCAUCUCGUGGCCCGUCCCGUCGCCCUCUUCGUCGCCCUCUCUCCCCUCCUCUCGUCCCGUCGGCCUCUCUCUCGCCCCUCCCUACCAAUCGCCCUCCCAUCGUUCGCCCCGUCGCGCUCUCUCUCUCCGCUCCCUUCCCGUCGCCCUCUCUCUCGCCCCUCCCUUCUCGUCGCGCUCUCUCUCUCCGCGCCCUUCCCGUCGCCCUCUCUCUCGCCUCUCCCUUCCCAUCGCUCUCUCUCUCUCUCUCUCUCAGCUCCGCCCUCUCUCUCGCUCCUCCUUUGAAUCGCGCUCUCUCUCCGCUCCCUUCCCGUCGGCCUCUCUCUCCGCUCCCUUCCCGUCGCGCUCUCCCUCUCCGCUCCCUUCCCAUUGCCCUCUCUCUUUCUGCUCCCUUCCCAUCCUCCCUUCUUGCUCGCCUCGAAUAGCCUUCCCGGCGACCUUCGACUCUCCCAUCGCGUAUGCCCUCCUUUCUCCGUCGCCUCUCUCGUUCUCCCUCUGCUAUCGCGUCAGCGUGACCCAUUCCGUACUCUGUUAUUGUGUUUGGUUUGUUUGUUUUUUCUGUCUUUCCAUCUAUUCUCGACACCCUCUGUCCCGCCGCCUAUCCUCUCUCCCGUCGCCUAUCUUUUCUCCCGUCGGCCUCCCGUUUCCCGUCGCCCUCCCGUUUCUCGCCCCCCUCCCGUUUCCCGUCGCCCUCCCUUUUCCCGUCGCCCUCCCGUUUCCCGUCGCCCUCACGUUUCCCGCCGCCCUCGCGUUUCCCGUCGCCCUCCCGUUUCCCGUCGCCCUCCCUUCUUGCGUCGCCCUCCCUUUUCCCGUCGCCCUCGCGUUUCCCGUCGCCCUCCCAUUUCCCGUCGCCCUCCCGUUUCCCGUCGCCCUCCCGUUUCCCGUCGCCCUCCCGUUUCCCGUCGCCCUCCCGUUUCCCGUCGCCCUCGCGUUUCCCGUCGCCCUCGCGUUUCCCGUCGCCCUCCCGUUUCCCGUCGCCCCCCUUCUUCCAUCGCCCUCCCGCCUCAAGUCCAAGGCAGCACAUUGA